AAGAUAUUAAUCUUUCCCUUGUAAUGGACACUUCAAAUGACACAUAUAUCCGCGCAGGAAGUUGUCUUGCUACAAAGAGGUUAUUUCCAACGAAGAAUACCUACAACAGACCAUGAUGAAGAGGAAGAUAUUAAUCUAUCCCUUCUAAAGGACACGUCAAAUGAUACAUAUACCCGCGCAGGAAGUUGUCUUGCUACAAAGAGGUUUGUUGUUUUGAGAGGAGUUCAUGGAUCCGGUAAAACAUAUUUAGCAAAACAAUUAGCUGACAAUAUCAACCAGAUAUCUAAGACCAAAUGUCAAGUACAAUGGAUCUAUGAUGUAUUUGAAAAUGGAAUACCUAGGUUAACAAACAAAGCCUUAUUUGUUUUAGACGAUAUCUUUUACGAACUGCAGUCAAAGGAUGAGAUUCAAAAGACAAUAAAAAUAGUAGAAGACCUCUCUCAGGAUGCUUGUAUGUCAAAAGACCUCUACGUUAUUGUCACAAUACCAACCCUUGUAUGGAAGAUACAGUCGGAACAUUUUCAAAAUAAAACGUGUUUUAAUCAUUAUGUCGAUCUAGAUGACUUAAGAACAGAAGAAAGAACAGAGAUUUUCAAUCAUUAUCUAAAAUGUAGUGCUACAAACGAAGAAGGAGAUCCAACAAAGGGUAAACCUAUAGUGAGAGAUAAAGUCAAAAACGCUAUCAUAAAUUUUGAAAGAUAUGACUAUAUGGGAUAUCCCUCUUGCGUAGCUUGGAUCAGUAGAAUAGAGAACCAAAUGGAGUUGAACGAUGCUGGUAGAUUUAUUGAAGUACCAAUAACGAGGAUUAAAAGCGAGGUUAAUCGUUUAUAUAACGCUAAAAAUACCAGAGAAAGAAAAAUGUUCUUACUGCUAGCUUUCAUGGCAUUUAAUGAUGGAAAACUAGACGUCAGGGAACACGAUGAAAAUCAACUUAUGGAUUUAGCUAGAAUCUUAUUUCUAUAUGAUAUCUCUUACGAGUUAGCACUACAGGAAAACGACCACAGUCUCUUUCUGCUACAAGAAAAGUAUAUAAAAAAGAUAUCUGUUGGUGUUUAUGAAUUUUACUUGGAAGUUGUAAGAAAAACAGUGCUCGUAAUAGCCUUGGAAAAAAACUUAAAAGAUUUAAAGAAGUAUGUGAGCCAUUAUAUGUGGAAGCGUGUUGCUGUCCAAAAAGGAAAAUUGCCUUCUGAUUUAUCAGUUGGUGAACUUUCACAUCUGUUUAUUGAAAUGUAG